UCGGGCGCAUGAAGGCAGCGCUUUCAAGGCGGUGGUAGAGGCUACUGCUGCAAAGGGUGUUUGACGCCCCGGACUGCAUCACCACAUCCCAAGCCGUGGUUCAGCUGUGUGCUGCAAUCGGGUGCGGUUUGCUUCCUCGGGCGACGCCACGUUGGUGGAUGCGGUGGAGAGCUGGCGGGACUUGGGAGGAUUUACGAGUGUGCGAUGACGCGACAGACGACUACUUCCGGGAAAAGCUCCGCAUGUCUAGGAGAGUGUUCAUGGAGAUCAGCGAAGCAUGUGUGCCUCAUGUGCAGCGACAGGUGACAUUUUACAAGGAGCCACUACAGCCGGAGCAGAUCGUCGCGUACGCGCUGUAUAGGUGGGCCACAGGAGAGUCUUACGAUAACAGCACAUCAUCCUUCGGCACGGGCAGGACUUCCGGAGUUCGAGCCGUGCGCGAUGUGACAGCCGCUAUUUUGAGGGUGUACGGGGAGAAGAUAUCGUGGCCGACGGGGGUGUGGAAACAAGUCGUGCUACGGGCAUUUCUGGACAAGGGCUUUCCAAACUGCCAUGGCGCAAUUGACUGCACAUACAUCUACGUGGACAAACUGGCGAACGCGCCGAGUGAGAACUACUUCGACCGCAAGCACCGUUUUUUCGUCAUUGCGCAGGUUGUGGUGGACCUGGAUCUGCGCGUCCUUGAUGUGUUCGUGGGAUAUCCGGGUAGCUGCCACAACAUUAGGGUGAUCCAGUUGUCAAGUCUGUCGAGGCGCGCGGAAGAGGGAUUGCUGUUUUGUGGGCCGCCUGUGACGCUGCCGGGAGGGGUGACGACGAGCGGAUACAUCUUGGGCGACAACGGGGAUCCUCCUUAUGAGUGGGUGGUGGUGCCGUAAGGAGGAAUCAAUCAACACCCGAACG